GUUGCUAAUCCCUUUGUUUGUAUAGGUCCCUGGUUUGUUUGACUAUCGUAACAAAUAUUGAGAUUAGAUUGUUCGCUGUCACAGAUACAUCGCUAGGCCUGUACCGAUACAAAUGAUGGUCAAGAGCAAAAUCACGCGGUAUGCGUGCAUCAUAAAACGUGAUUUGAACCGAUUUAAAAAAUGACCGAAAAGUGAGUUUGUGUUUAAAACUACUAAAAGAAUCGUUCACAUAACGGGAAUUAAUGAUGUUAGAAGAAUCAUGACAAGCAUGUAUCCGUAACCGCUGAAGACACGUACUCCUUCGUAGAAAGUAAAAAGAAUUCAAAUACUAAAAAGAAGACGAACAGUGACGUGAAACGUUUAAAGGACUGGCUAGGCCGUGAAGACCAAGAACAAAACUUUUAAGAGAUGCCACCAAGGGAGCUUGACAUGAAUAUAGCUCGAUAUUUCAUGAGUGUUAAGCAUAACAAGACCAAUAAGGAUCUUGAACCUGGGACUCUGAAAAGAAUUCAGGGCAGUAUGAAGCGAUAUCUGAGUGAUAAGGACUACCCCCAUGAUAUCAUGACAGAUAAACUGUUCAAGCAUUCAAGGGAGAUGCUUAGAGCUAAAGGUGUCGACCUGAAGGAGAAGGGCCUGGGUAAUCGGGCGAAGAGGGCAGAUCCUUUCACUAGGGAUGAGAUACAGAUGCUCUACCAGAAAAAGCUUCUUGGAUCAGAUUCUGCACAAUCGCUUAAUUAUCAAUGUUAUUUGUCUCAAUAAUACCAUGCAUUUCGGAUUGAGGGGACGCCAAGAACAUAUAAAUAUGCUGUGGGGUGAUUUGGAGAUGGGCAACUUGGCAGAUGGAACUAGGUACGUGUCCUACACGGAGAGAGCCACAAAGACUAGGAAAGGCAUCAACACAGAUCCCAGGAUGUUCAAACCAAAGAUAUUUGAAGAACCAGAAUUGCGAGAUAGCAGCAACAGCAGGGGUCAGAAUCAUGUCAAAUGUCACCAGAUACAUAACUCUGUUUGGUAUCGUCGCUUUCCUUGGGACGUGUAUGUACUUGCUGGAGAACAACUUUACCUUACAAAACGUUACAAGAUUUAUUAAUCAAACUUCAUCUGGUAAGGAUGUUUCAAGCUUUUAUUCGCAUGACGUUCGUGAGCAAAUUCGUCUUGUGACGAAAGGCUUCGAUGUGUUCACCCAAGGCUAUAGACAGAAUGUUAACAUAAGAGCGAGCUUUCAGACUACGCCUCACUAUGAAAAUAACCCGAUGUUUCAUGUUAACGGAUAUAAUAUUACAGACGAGACACUAUACCUUUUUGGUUAAAUGGGCAAAAACAAUUCCACGAGUUCAGUGAGGUUAAGCGGGCUUUCAAAUUUGUUAAAUAUCAUUAAACCAUAUAUAAAACAAGACAAUAAAUUAAAACAUAUAUACUUACCACACAAACAUUAUUUUCAUCAUUCCAGAAUAGUUACUGAUGUAAACUGCAACGCUAUAUUCCAUGGAGAUAUAAAUGAAAUAAAACGUUCAGAGAACAUUACACAAAUUAGAAACUUCCUGUAUCCCCAAAAGUACUCAGAAAUGACAAAGAAUUGCUCAUAUUUUAAACGUCUGCGUGGAUAUAUUAAUCAUCAUUUAACAGAAGUGGAACGUGACUUUCCAAUAGCGUUCAGUCUUCUAAUUUACAAAGACAUUGAACAAUCGGAGAGACUUUUACGCGCCAUUUACAGACCACAGAACUUUUAUUGCAUACACGUUGACUCCAAAACAGAUCAAGCCACAUACGAUGCUAUGUCUUCAAUUGCGAGGUGCUUUGAUAACGUGUUUAUGACAUCAAAACGAUUUAACGUUCAGUGGGGUACAAUGACCGUUCUCGAGCCAGAAUUGCUCUGCAUGGGAGAGCUUUGGAAAAAAAGUGCAGCGUGGAAAUACUUUAUUAAUCUGACUGGACAAGAGUUUCCACUGAGAACAAACUACGAACUUGUACGCAUUUUACAGGCAUACAAUGGAUCAAAUGAUAUUGAGGGAACUUUCAAAAGAGCCAACAGGGAUCGAUGGCAGAAGGCCGGUGCACCACCUCACAACAUCACGGCGUUUAAGGGGUCUGUGCAUGUUGUGGUCAAUAGAGGCUUUGAGGAUUUUGUACUGCACGAUCAGCGAGCCCAUGACCUCUUAAACUGGACGCGACAGACGCAGGUGCCCGAUGAAACGUUCUUUUCUACGCUCAAUCAUAACCCUCAUCUUGGUGUACCGGGUUCUUAUUUAGGGGUACCCGAGACGGACGAUGCAAUAAAGCCAUUCAUGGCGCGAUUCAAGGAUUGGGGCGAAAGAGAGUGUCAUUGCAAACGCGUUCGUCUCGUCUGCGUCAUAGGCACAGGGGAUCUGCCGGAUCUGGCUAGGAGCAAGAAGCUCUUCGUGAACAAAUUCCACCAGAACUUCCAUCAUUAUGGUUACGAUUGUCUUGAGGAGCUCGUCGCAAACCGCAUCCGAGAUAUUUACCUCGGCGAUCUCGCGUUUGAUUCCAGAUAUUACGGGACUUUUGGCUUUGUUAAGAACAAAAUAUAAUGCAACGUGGAAAGCAUAUUAGUUUGCGUUUAGUUGUAUGCGUAAAUUUGUAAUAAUAAUUAUGUAAAUGUGCAAUAAAUUAAUCGUUUAAAUA